CUUUUGGGUUUAAUUGAUGUAAUUCGCAUGACCAAUGAUGAUGUAACAACACUUGCAUUGGGAUGUGAUUUACCUAGUCUUGGUUUGAAUCUCAACUCAAGCGAUCCUAUCUACUCGACAUUCAUGAGUCCCUUUGCCGAUGUGCCAUCCGUUGGUGCAGAUCCAGUGUUUUCUAUUCCACCCUGCUACGCGCCAUUAGGAUCUUUACUUUCAACGACUCCACCAGCAAUAUCCAAAAUAGCGUCGCUGGCGGAUGAGUCACUACUAUAUAUCUUUUACGCCAUGCCCAGGGACAUACUGCAAGAAGCAGCAGCACAAGAGUUGUAUGAUCGUUCAUGGCGAUUCCAUAGGGAGCUAAAACUGUGGGUGUGUAAAGAAACUAAUCCAGUUGGAUCUUCAGCAACUUCCGAGUCGUUUGCUAAAGGAAAUGGGUUUGAGCGUGGUGUGUAUAUCUUUUUCGAUCCACUAACGUGGAGCAGAGUUAAGAAAGAAUGGGUGUUGUAUUAUGAUCAACUUGAAGGACGA